UGUUUCUUUUUUGUUUUUGCCUAGCCACCCACCGAUUUGGAAGGUGAUAUUUUACCUUCUCACACGUGAAGUAAAAAACUAUACAAACUACUAUUUGCAAGGCAAUCAUGCUUACUUAAGCCAGCCAUUAAUGGAGGAGACUUUUAUAGGAGAACAAUGACAGAAAGCACCAAUAAUACAGUAGAUAAAUACAAGACACAGAACUUCCUUUGGUCUUCGGGCAUCAAUAUAGUUCACAAAUGAAUUGCCCAUCAAGAUCUUGUGGCUCAAAUCAUGCUAUUAUAAACAGGACACAUUUUGCCCACACCAUCCUUCCAACGCUUCUCAAGUCAUCAGCAAGUAAUAGGGAAUUCGAUUUACGAACCAAUGAUGGCUAUGGGGCCUCCUAAAAAAAAAGAAAAAGAAAAAGAAAAGCUGACUUGAAGAAAAUCAAAGCAACACCAAGCUCCUGCAGCUCCUGGUCGGACUACUUUUUCUCUUAACGUUGAGGCAGAAGUACAUUAUAGUGAUUGCGCUUAGAUGUUCCUUUCUAUUACUGUAGAAUUGUCUUACAAAGAUUUUUAUCAGGAUCCCUCAUAAACCCGGUACAUCUUCUCCGGUCUCUACCAAAAUGGUGAUAUUCUAACAUUCUCCAUCUCUUCAACUACCACAGGAAAUAAAACUUCACCAUCAGAGAUAUUCUUUACUUUUAACUCGUAUAAUCGCUAAUUUAACCCUUGUAACAUUUUACAAUCAACGCCUCUGAGAGGGCAAGCUACUUCAGGAAUAAAACCUGUAGACAUACUGUAUCAUGACAUAGAACCAAGGCCUACGAAAGGGCAGGCUACUUCAAGAACAAAACCUGAAGCAUAGCUGCCAUCCAUUUUCCUUUAAAAGUAAGGGGAAAAAAAACAAAGUAAAAGACGAAAAACUUAUUCUGGUAGGCUGUAUUUAUCAUUGCCUUUUCUUUUCUUUAAUGAACUACUGUCGGCAUCUUUACUGUGCUUCAUUUCCCAGCUCUUUUUUACUUUCCACGUUGCUUAACAAGCAAAGAAUAACAAACGCAAUGCAGUGCGAUCAAGACCUCUAGAAAAGUUCAUGGAGAUCAACACGAGAAGAAUUCAGAAUUGAAACCUGGUUUGACCUGAUAGUUCCACCAUCCCACUCUGGGGCUUACACAUGUACAAUGGAGAGUAGAAAAGGAAGUUCACACAUGGGCAGUUGGGAGUUUGCAAUCAGUCAUAUCUCAAUUGCUGCUUCGUGCUAUGCCUCACAGCACAACGUGCAAGAUAUGCAAGUGAUGUUAUAACUUGGAUUGAUGAAGCCUAACAGCUUAUGCCACAGCAAGAAAAUGGAAUUCUAUCAGGAUGUCAAGGGUAAAUGAACUUCAUAUACAAUCAAUAAUGCGAAAUAAAAUAGAGGAAAGAGUUAAAUUUGACCUGAGAAUUUAAUGUUGCACCUAACAUAACUUCCUAGGGACAACUAUAGCCAGCAAAUCAAAGAAAACUCCUCACCUACACUGCAAAUUGCAAAAGAGGGAAGUAUAACAAAUCACAAUUUCUGGUUCACAAAAAGUCAGAAAUACCCUGCCCAGGAUACCAUGUUCGGCAUGCCUGGAGUGCCAUUUCUAAGCAUACUAAGGGGUAUUCUAUUGAGCAUCACUCUUCAGGCUUAGGUGAGAAUACCUUGCUUCAAAAGUAAGAUCAUUAAAUAAAAGGGGAAGGAUCUAGCUAUUGAAUGCGACUCCAAUCUUCUUCUGUUAUUAUUUUGAUGAAAGCAGAACGAGAGAGUAAAAUGCGGAAAGAAGAGGAUGAAUCAUUGAUCAUCUACCUCAAGAAAGAAGUCGAAGCUGCUCUGCUAAGGACUGAUUCUCUGGAGAAAGAAAAUCAGGAAUUACAACAGGAAGUAGUUCGUCUAAAAGCACAGAUAAGUUCACUCAAAGCACACGACAAUGAGAGAAAAUCCAUGCUUUGGAAGAAGUUACAGAACCCCAUUGACAGCAGCAAAACUGAUGUAUUUCUGCAGAAACAAUCAGAUUUUGUCAAAGUGAGUGAGGAACAUUCAAGUCCAAGACCGAGCAUACAGGAAUUACCAUCAAGAAAAGAGAAACUGGCAAAAGUACCAAAUCCACCACCAAGGCCUACUUCUGUAGCCCCUUCAUCACCCAAGGAAGUGAACAGCAAUAAAUUGUCACCAGCACCAGCACCAGCACCAGCACCACCACCUCCACCUCCGCCACCGAAGAUGUCUGUUGGGUCAAAAACAGUGCGCCGCGUGCCAGAAGUCGCCGAGUUCUAUCGUUUGGUUACAAGGAGAGAUGUCCACAUGGAGAACAGAAUCAAUUCAGCGGCUAUUCCAGUGGUUGCAUUUACUCCUAGCAUGAUUGGAGAAAUUGAGAAUCGUUCCACUUAUCUUUCUGCUAUAAAAUCGGAUGUGGAAAAACAGAAGGAAUUUAUCAAUUUCCUAAUCAAAGAAGUGGAGUCUGCAGCCUUCAAAGAAAUAUCUGAUGUUAAGGCAUUUGUGAAAUGGCUGGAUGAUGAAUUAUCAUCUUUGGUUGACGAAAGGGCAGUAUUGAAGCAUUUCCCACAAUGGCCAGAACGAAAAGCAGAUGCUUUGCGAGAAGCUGCUUUCAACUACCGAGACCUAAUAAACCUCGAGUCUGAAGUUUCAUCAUUCCAGGACAAUAAAAAAGAGCCUUUGAUCCGAGCCCUGGGAAGAAUGCAAGCAUUGCAAGACAGGUUGGAGCGAAGUGUAAACAAUACAGAAAGGACUAGAGAGAGCAUGAUCAAGAGAUACAGGGAUCUUCAGAUCCCAUGGGAAUGGUUGCUGAACACAGGGUUGAUCGGUCAGAUGAAAUUAAGUUCUUUGAGGCUAGCCAAGGAUUACUUGAAAAGGAUAACUAAAGAGCUGCAGCUUAAUGAAUGCUCAGGAGAGGAGAAUCUUCUGCUUCAAGGAGCUAGAUUUGCCUAUCGUGUACACCAGUUCGCAGGUGGUUUUGAUGCUGAGACCACACAUGCAUUUCAAGAGCUAAAGAAGAUUGGCAUGGGUAGUCUCAAACAAUAGAGAGUUAAGUAUAUUCAAUUCUAUAGAAUGGGAGAGUUUCAUAAAUUAUGAAUUCAAGUUCUAAGAUCCUCUCUUAUGGGUGAAGACAUACUAAUCACUGGUUUUGAGAGCAAUGAUACCAAGCACCUUGAUCAUCUCAGGCUUUCAACAUGCAGCAAUCAAAACAAAAGGGUAAGGAGUCACGGAUGGCAAUGAAUGUAUAAUAUAAAUUCGGACUAAAUCUUAUGAAUUUAUCUGUCUAAGUAACUUGGGCAAAUUCUUGAUUGCCUGAAGGGGAAGAAGGCAUUACAGUCUGUUUUUGGGAAGUUUUUUCACUGAAUUUCUGAAAACAUAUUCUGUAUUCUGCAGUUCGGUAAUGAUAGUUCACUGAAUGCAUGGGAAAACAUUCAGUAAAUCUGUCGGAUUUCCCCCAA